AUGCUUCUUGUUCAUACUACUGAGCAUGCCGUAUUUGUUGGUCUCAUUGCGGAACACCGUGAAGUACUCAUCCAGAUGCAACAAGAGCUCAAUGGCAACACGGAGGCGCUGCAGGGUCUAGCUCUGAUACAUGGCGCCAUGGCACACCUGAACUAUCUUGAGAGUUACUGGGGGACGGAGGCACUGUGGAAAAGCUGGUCUGAUUUUGGGCGGUGCGUGGCGGCUGUUCGUCUUGGCUGCACGAUUGAAGGCGUCCUUCCAACAACCAAUCACCUUGAGUCGUUUAACGGCGUCUUCAAGAACAAGCACGUUAAACGAUGGCAGCACUAUGGCCGCGCCCUUCGUGUGGACGUAUUCACCAGCAUCACGAUCACCAAGGUUCUACCUGCUAUCUUUCAACAACGUGAGCUUGAGCAGCAGCAGAACAUACUAUGGGAGAGGCAACUGUUGCAGCUACCAGGAGGUGCCGCCUUGCUUGCGCAGAAGAAAGGAGCGAAGGCUGGGCAAUUGCUGCCACCUGUGGCAUACAUCACUUCAGACGAAUCGCGCGACGCAGGCACGGCAUUGCUUCUGCAGAACAAGCAAAUCAGCACUCCUUCCUUUGAAGAAACCACCCUUACUUUUGCUUUUGCAUGCUACUCCUCCCUUACAACUCCGUAUGACAAAGAACCCAUAACAUACCGCAUAGAGCUCAGUGUGCAUCACACUGGUUUGUGUUCUUGCCAGGACUUCCUGAACCGUGGUGGUGUCUGCAAGCACAUGCGCGCUGCGCUCCUUGUCCUCGAUAGCUUACGGCACACAAUGAAUGUCCCUGCUGUCUCACUUCCCAGCUCGGAGGACGAAGCUCGCAAGCUUGGGGCUGAAUUGUUGGUGAGCGCUGGCGCCAUCCCGCUGGCGCUCCGCAGUCUGCAAGCCGAUGUUGCUGAACCACCUCGCUAUAUACAGUGUGCAGCUAAUGCUGUACAAGAUGCUAUGCAAGAUGGGAUACCAGAGGAAGGAGAGGAUGUAGAGGCUGAGGGCAAGGAGGGCAAAGAGGGCAAAGAGAGCGAUGAGGACACGGAGGAUGGCCUUUUAGGAGAAGACCCGAGUUCAAAUGGUGAAAGCGUGGCAACAGAAGCAUCUGGUUCCCCUUUUGAUUUCACCACACUCAUGACAAGCUCUAGAGCAGCCGUGCACGAGCAGAGGACGUCCCGCGCACUUCACGAGCUUGAGACGGUCGCUCCAAAGCUUGGCUUGCUGGCCGAGUACCUUGCUACCGGCAAAAUCAGGAACGCUGAUGAUGCCCAGCGCAUUCGUUCACUCAAGGCCAGCGUAGACAAGCUAUCAUCCAGACUUGGACAGCUUCUCCUUGAUCCUUCGUCUCCUGGCGACGUUCACAUUGAUAACGGUCCCUCCGGCUCACAAGGCCCACGAAACUUGGCGGCUACUGUCUCUCUGCGCCCCUCUACACCCCCGGAGCCCUACUACCACUCUAAAUGCUGGCGGACAGACAUUAUUGAUGCGUCACCAGAGAAGAAGCAGAAGAGAAAGCAGUCUUACAGCGUGUACUAA